AUAUUUUUCUUAAUAAAACGCCGUAAUUAGCUCCGACUCACCAUCCCAGUCUCCUCACUCUCAACACAGAAAAUCUAGGGUUUCAAAUCACCGUGUCAAUUUCGCUUUCGAUCCUCUAAAACUAUAAAGGCAAAAUCUCUACAUUCUUUUAAAAAAAAUCUGUUUAUAAUCCAAUGAUGAACCUGGUCAACCAAGAAGUAAGACCCGAAGCAUCACUAAUGAUUCCCGAAAAACGAAAACGUGGGCGCCCACGAAAGGAUCCGAGUGAAAGACGGGCAGCAAAAGCCCGUUCACAAGCUGCCCGAAUGCAACCCGGUUUUGCCCAACAUCACACCACCACCCCCCGACUUGAUCCAAUCCAUGAUCCAACCCAAGUCAUGAUCGGUCAAACCGUAACUGGUGUAGUUGAAGCCACUUUUGAAGCCGGUUACCUCCUUGCUGUCAGAAUCGGUAACUCAAAUAUAACCCUAAGAGGUGCAGUGUUCAAGCCAGGUCACACCGCUCCCAUAACACCCGAUAAUGACGUGGCGCCACAUGUCGAAAUGAUCAAAAGAACCCAAGUUCCAUUUCCAGAAAUGCAACCUCCGAUCCGCAGGCGAAAAAGACGAUCAAAAGAAAAGAACAUGCAGCUCAUUACUUAUGUCCCCAAUGGUUCUCCUGAUCAAACAACACUCCCAAACUCACCUUCUAAAAAUUACGUGUUUACCCCUGGUAGAGGAAAUGUGACCCCGGUUGUUCUUCAACCAAAUGGGCCAUUACCGAAUCAACCGCCGCCUCAUUUGCGGGCCACACAAGGGAAACCGGUUCACUCGGUUUUGCCAUUGGCGGUAUACCCGCCGAACGGGUCAACAAGUCAAGCUUCUGAGUCGCAGACAAGCUCCCAUUUUACAGGGUCUGGAAAUGAAAAUGUUUCAGUCAAACAAGGUGUGACAGAUGGUCAACAGGUGGAAGGAAGUAGUAAGUCAACUGUUGGUCAAGCGGAUCGGGUUGUGAAAAUGGAAACGGAUAUUGGUGACAUGAAUGAGCCUCUUUUUGUUGAACCGUUGCAGACACGACACUCGGUUCACCAUUUUCAACCUGCACCCGUGAUGGGACCCGGACCCGGACCCGUUAUGCAUGCGGGAACCACCGGGAGAAUGACUGAACUUUUACAGGCUGUUCAGCAGAAUAUGGGUGAUGAUCAGGCUCCACGAAAUGGACAUCCAACUGCAAGUUUUACGGUUAACCGAAACAGUAACAGAGAUGAAGAAACUAACUGAUAAUGAAGCCUGUAAGCUGAAAAAAAGUUGGAUAUGUUGAUGUUGAUUAAUUGUUGUUUCUGUUUGUUAUUAGUUAUUAAAGCGCACCAAAGAACAACAAACAGCUAGGGUUAGGGUAGAAGAGUGUGCGCACUUUAUUUAUGUUUAAUAGAAAAAAAAAAAAAAAAAAAAAGAA